AUGCUACUUGAAAAGAACAUCGUUUCCCAGUCUCUCCUUACAGUCUCCUCCUCAACUCCGCGGCGUAGAUCCGAGGAGUUUUGGAAAAAUUCAAAAAAGCGAAUCCUUUGUGGUUCAGAUCUCUCUUCAAGUUCACUUUUUUUGUUGCGAUCAGUCAUAUCUGGAAUGGCUUCUGAAGGUUCUCAGUUUGAUGCUAGACAAUUUGACACCAAGAUGAAUGAGUUACUUGGAACCGAUGGUGGUGAGGAAUUCUUCACAAGUUAUGAUGAGGUUUAUGAAAGCUUCGAUGCUAUGGGUUUGCAAGAGAAUCUUCUUAGGGGCAUCUAUGCUUAUGGUUUUGAGAAGCCCUCUGCAAUUCAGCAAAGGGGGAUUGUUCCCUUCUGCAAGGGACUUGAUGUGAUUCAACAGGCACAAUCUGGAACUGGCAAAACUGCAACCUUUUGCUCUGGAAUUCUCCAGCAGCUAGACUAUGGAACUGUUGAAUGCCAGGCGUUGGUUCUUGCACCAACCCGUGAGCUUGCACAGCAAAUUGAGAAGGUCAUGCGAGCGCUAGGUGAUUAUCUUGGUGUCAAGGUUCAUGCCUGCGUGGGAGGAACCAGUGUUCGUGAAGAUCAGCGUAUUCUUUCCAGUGGGGUUCAUGUUGUGGUUGGUACCCCUGGUCGUGUGUUUGACAUGUUGCGACGGCAGUCUCUUCGCCCUGAUUACAUUAAAAUGUUUGUGCUGGAUGAAGCGGAUGAAAUGCUUUCAAGAGGGUUUAAGGAUCAGAUAUAUGAUAUCUUUCAGCUUCUGCCACCUAAGAUUCAAGUUGGUGUAUUCUCUGCGACAAUGCCUCCAGAGGCUCUUGAAAUCACUCGAAAGUUUAUGAACAAGCCUGUGCGGAUUCUUGUGAAACGUGAUGAGCUGACCCUCGAGGGUAUCAAGCAAUUCCAUGUUAAUGUUGAAAAGGAGGAAUGGAAGCUGGAAACCCUCUGUGAUCUUUAUGAGACCUUGGCCAUCACACAGAGUGUCAUCUUUGUUAAUACCAGGCGUAAGGUUGACUGGCUCACCGACAAAAUGCGAAGCCGUGAUCAUACUGUCUCUGCCACCCAUGGAGACAUGGACCAGAACACCAGAGAUAUCAUUAUGCGGGAAUUCAGAUCUGGUUCUUCACGUGUUCUCAUCACCACUGAUCUCUUGGCCCGUGGUAUUGAUGUCCAACAAGUCUCUCUUGUGAUCAACUAUGAUCUUCCAACUCAGCCGGAGAACUACCUCCAUCGUAUUGGACGUAGUGGACGAUUUGGAAGGAAGGGUGUUGCUAUAAAUUUUGUUACCAAAGAUGAUGAGCGCAUGCUUUUCGACAUACAGAAGUUCUAUAACGUCGUAGUUGAGGAGCUGCCCGCUAAUGUUGCUGAUCUUCUCUAA